AUUGGAAAUGGUUCAAUAUCGAUGGUGGGAAACGAAUUAAGGUCAGAAACUCAAUCUAAUAGUUUAAACUUUAAAAGAAUUAUUAAUUCAAUUCCACUAUCCGAUUGGUUUAGUUUUGUUAUAAUUCGGUUAUAUAUGAUCAAACCAAUCGGUUUGGUCCUAAAGAUAUGGAUAAAUAUCACCAACACCAGUGUUAAACACAUAUCACCAAACCUAAAGUUAGAUAAACAGAGAGAAAAUGGUAAAAGCUAUCGUUUCCAUCUUCGUUGUCUUUUUCAUCUUCUUCUUAGUCAUUUCCGAUGUCCCGGAGAUAGAAGCGCAAGGUAACGAGUGCUUGAAAGAAUACGGCGGUGAUGUUGGUUUCAGAUUUUGUGCGCCUCGGAUAUUUCCGACGUUUUGUUAUACAAGAUGCCGUGAGGACAAGGGAGCUAAAGGUGGAAGAUGCCGUUGGGGACAGGGCAGUAACGUCAAAUGCUUAUGCGACUCCUGCGACGAUACUCCGCGAUAAAAUCUAAAUAAAGAAAUCGCUAAUAAAUGCACUAUGGCUGCAAUAGACGCAAUCGCUAAUAAAAUACACGUUGUGUUUACGUACUUGCACAAGUUUUAGUCAUGGUUUGUGUAAUAAAUGAAUGUGAAUGGUCCAUCCAAGUGAUAAUACAAUAAUGAAUGUGAAAUAAGAAAUAAUGAAAGUGUGACUUUUGUUUCUACGAUCA